GUUUGCUAGCUACCGUCCUGGUUAGUCUCAGAAGGGAGAAAUGGUCACGGUUUCAUGUAAUAAAUUUGAUUUUCCCUAUAACAAAGUAGAGCACCUGUCUGUUAUCCGCCUUUACCGGAGAACAUGGUUUCUUUCCUGUGUGUAGAGAGACGAGAGGGGGCCACGUACGAUAAGUGGGGUAGUUUAGACGCCUGAAUGUUGGCCAAGAUGAAGACAUUAGUUGUGUUCGACUUCGAUCACACUCUGGUGGACGAUAACAGCGACACAUGGGUGGUCCGCUGUGCUCCAGAGCAGAGUUUGCCUGCCUGGCUGAAGGCCUCCUAUGAAAAAGGACGCUGGACGGAGUACAUGGGCCGAGUUUUGUCUUACCUCAGAGACCAGUCCAUCUACCCGGACACAAUCAGAUCAGUUCUGGAAACGAUUCCCUUCACAGAUGGAAUGGUAGAGCUGCUGACUUUCAUUUCGCAAAACAAGCACGAUAUAGACUGCAUUAUAGUCUCUGAUUCCAACACACUCUUUAUAGACUGGAUUUUAGAGGUGCAUGGAGUGAAGGGUGCUGUUGACAGUGUGUUUACAAAUCCUGCUAGCAUUGAUAAUGGUGGUUACAUAGGAGUUCAGUGCUUCCAUUCACACCAGUGUGAGAACUGUCCAGUUAACCUGUGCAAACAGAAAGUUUUGAGUGACUUCAGAGAAAGUCAAGCCAACUCUGGUGUCCACUACCAGGCCAUAUGUUAUGUUGGAGAUGGAGGGAAUGAUUUUUGUCCUAUAAAGGUUUUGGAAGAGAAUGAUCUAGUGAUGCCACGUAAAGGUUACACACUUGAAAAACUGCUGUCCAAGGCCAGACGUGAGAAUAAUGCACUUAAGCCCCAAAUUGCACCCUGGAGCAGUGGAAGUGAAAUUCAGCACCAGUUGCUUGACCUCAUCCAGCAGUAAUCUGACCUUUUAAUUAGGUGGUGAAGGAUCUAUGACAGUUUAAAAGAAAUGUAACGUUUACAAUAUAUAAAAUGUGUGUGUGUGUAUGUAUGUAUGUAUGUGUGUAUAUAUAUAUAUAUAUAUAUAAAAUGCAGUGAAGAAAUUGCAUUAAUACACUGUUGAACCAGGGCCAUUUUAUAGGGCUUUAUUUACAAAAUAUGAAGAUAAGGACUAGGUAGCACAACACGCUUUGUCCAGGAUUAAAGACUUGAUGUGUUAAUAAAGGAAAAUGUAAAAAAAAAAAUCAGGGUACA